AUGGGCGCGGUGGUGACGGGACGUGUGCGCGGCGGACGGGUGCGCGCGGCGUAUGGGCGGAAGGCGGUCGGGUGUAAGGCGGAAGGAUGCGCGGCGUAUGGGCGCAUGGCGGUUGGGCGCAGGACGGACGGGGUUGGGGCGCGUGUGUCUGCUGCGUCUGCACGUCUGCUGGGACAACCUCAGGCUGCAACGCCAAACCCCAUUGUCGUGCAGAUUGAAGUGAUGAUGGGACGGAUGGGAAACGAGUACGGGAACAAGACUGGUACGGGGGCGACUGGCGCAUGGUGCGGAGGCGAAUGGCGCAUGGUGUGGGGGCAACUGGCGCAUGGUGCGGAGGCGAAUGGCGCAUGGUGUGGGGGCAACUGGCGCAUGGUGCGGAGGCGAAUGGCGCAUGGUGUGGGGGCAACUGGCGCAUGGUGCGGAGGCGAGUGGCGCACGGCGGAUGAGUGCGCGGCGGACGGGUGUGGGGCGUCCGGGGACGGGUGGCUGCCGCGUCUGCACGUCUGCUGGGACAACCACAGGCUGCAGUGGAGAAACCCGCUUCCAUUCUUCACAGGUUGCUGUGCGGGCGGCGUGGUGGUGGCAGUUACUGCGUUUUGUCUCUUCCUGGUGGUGUACGGGUCGUGUUGGGGUCUGGUGAAGAGGGAAGCUGUGAUGAAACCAGGCAAGCUGAUGUUGAAGCUGCAGCUGAGGAGCAAGCAGGUGGGAGUGUCUUGGUUAGUAGCUGCAACUUCUUCGUUUUGGGAUGCAAGUGGUGCUGUGUGGUACUAUGCAGUGGCAGGAGUGGCAGAGCGGUUCAAGCAACAGCAGAAAGGGGAUAUUUUUCCAGCGAUUAGUCCAUCAGGUGUGGGCGUUUUGGCUCUUGGCUCUUUUGGCAUUCCUACUUGGUCGAAGUUGGUGCUGUGUGGUGCUGCGUGGUGGGCAGGGGUGCGAGUGGCUACCGAAGUGCAGCGUGGUGGAUUAGAAGCAGGGUGUUCUGAGCAACGGCAGUCAGCGGGUCUUCUCAACCGGUUACUGGUCAGUGCGGGCGUUUUGGUGCUUCCAACGUCUCUGGGGUGCUCUGCGGUGCUGUGUGGUGGGGCGGAAGUGGCAAGGUGUUUCAAGCAACGACAGCAAGCGGGUCUUCUUAACCGGCUAGCGGUCAGUGAGGGCGUUUUGGUGCUUCCAGCAUUUCGUUCUGGUGCUGUUUGGUGCUGUGUGGCGGGGCAAGCUGCCUCUUGGGAUGUGACCCAUGUGCGCAAUUCACCUGCUUUUAAGCGGAGGGGUGCUGCUGCUAGAAGGGGGAGUGCUGCUGGUAAGAGGGGUGGUGCUGCUGGUAAGAGGGGUGGUGCUGCUGGUAAGAGGGGUGGUGCUGCUGGUAAGAGGGGUGGUGCUGCUGGUAAGAGGGGUGGUGCUGCUGGUAAGAGGGGUGGUGCUGCUAUUAUGAGGGAUGGUGCUGCUAUUAUGAGGGGUGGUGCUGUUACAGGGGCUGGUGCUGCUGCUAUGAGGGGGGUGGGGGGGAUGCUACAACGGGCUGCUGAUGUAAGGAACAGCAUGCAGGAUGGGAUGCUGUGGAUGGGUGUGGGAGAGGUGAGGGGGAACGGGAGAGCAGAGGUGGCCUGGUACUUAGUGGGAGGGGAAGCAGGGAGAGCAGGAGGGGGAGCGGGGAGAGCAGGGGUGAGGGGGAGUGGAAAGAGAGUGGAGGGGAGUGGAUGCGAUCUGCAACAUGCUGCAACCUGGUGUUUCCUGGUGGCAAUUAGGAAUGAAGAGAAGCUGGCAAGACUGCUACAUGUGUUGGAAGUGUGUGGUGGUAGCAUGUGUGAUCUGUUCAUGUGUGUGUGUGGUGGUGAUGUGCAUGUCAUGUGUGGGUGGGUGCAUGUGGGGGGUGUGGGCAUGAUUGUGAUAUGGGGGUGCAUCUGUGCCAUCUGCAUCAACCCUCCCAUCUGCAUCUACAUCAACCCAUCUGUAUCUGUAUCAACCACUCUGCAUCUGCAUCAACCCUCUAUUUACAUCAACCUUCCAUCUGCAUCAACUUCCAUCUGCAUCAACUUCCGUCUGCAUCAACUUCCGUCUGCAUCAACUUCCGUCUGCAUCAACUUCCGUCUGCAUCAACUUCCGUCUGCAUCAACUUCCGUCUGCAUCAACUUCCGUCUGCAUCAACUUCCGUCUGCAUCAACUUCCGUCUGCAUCAACUUCCGUCUGCAUCAACUUCCGUCUGCAUCAACUUCCGUCUGCAUCAACUUCCGUCUGCAUCAACUUCCGUCUGCAUCAACUUCCGUCUGCAUCAACUUCCCAUGCGCUCUCCUCAUGACUCCUCGCCCCUACUCCCCUUCCUCUCGCCCCUACUCCUCCCCUCUCUCUCGCCCCUACUCCUCCCCUCCCUCUCGCCCCUACUCCUCCCCUACCUCUCGCCCCUGCUCCUCCCCUCCCUCUCGCCCCUGCUCCCCCCCUCCCUCUCGUCCCUGCUCCCCCCCUCGCCGCUGCUUCCCCCUUCCCCACUCCCCCUCAACCUAA